GAUAUUUCAUUUUAUUUCUCCAUUUGUCAUGGUAAUUCACGAGUAGCGGUUCUGAGAUUGUGUUUUUUUAUAAUACAUACAUUUUUUUAAUUGAUUUAAAACAAAUGUUUUUACAAAAUCCUGGAAUAAGGCGUCAGGUGAUCGUUUCGCUAUGUUGUUACAUUGGGCCCAUAUUAGGUGGCUACGGAGGAGGUUGGUCAGGGCCCAUCAUACCAAAGUUGCGUGAUCUGGAGCAAUCACCUCUUCCAUAUUAUCUGACUGAGGCUCAACUGGCUCUAGUCGGCAGUUUCGCUUACUUGGGAGCAAUACCUGGUCCAUAUAUAACAACCUGGUUACUAAAUUCGAAAGGAAGAAAACCAUGUCUCAUAGGCGCCGCUAUCUUGGGGGUGAUUGGUUUUAUAUUUAAGGCAAUAUCCAAAAACCUGGCGAUGUUGUAUAUUGGUAGAUUCUUAACAAGCGUCUCAUUUGGGACCAAUACUGUUAUUAAUUUUGUCUACCUUGGUGAAAUUGCAUCUGCAAAUAUAAGAGGAAUUCUAAUGUCAAUCAUGGGAGUAAUGUUUACAGUGGGCUCAACAAUGGUGUUCUCCAUUGCACCAUAUGUCUCAUACAGAGUCUCUGUUUACAUUCCAUUGGCUAUCAAUGUAUUCCAAGUGUUUGUAUUGUUUACAUUACCGGAAUCACCGAUAUUCUAUGCAAUUCAAGGUAAAAGAAAAGAAAUGAUAGCAGUAUUAGAAGAUUUGGGCAGACCGAAUGACGCGGACAAAAUAGUGUCUACAGCAGAUGAGUUAACAGAAACGAAUACGAGUACUAUAAAAGAAUGGAAAGAGUUGUUUAUGGUUAGGAGUAAUAGAAAAGCAUUGUUUAUAGUCGUUGUAAUAAACGUUUUGCAACAUGGCAGUGGAAUUAUGGCCGUGCUAUUCUUCUCAGCGGCCAUUUUUGAUAUGGCUGGCUCAAAUAUAGAUUCAAAUUUGGCUAUGAUCAUAAUAGGGUGUUGCCAACUGGUGGGGAGUGCAGUGACACCAUUGUUUAUAGAAAGUACUGGGAGGAAGAGAAUUUUAAUUAUAUCAACCUCAGUGUGCGCGAUAAGUAUGUUCACCCUCGGAUUAUAUUUCUACCUACUCUCCAAGGGUUUUCCUGUGGUUUACACUAUAAACUGGUUACCUCUGGUUGUUCUUAUAUUGUUCUUCAUUAGCUAUGAUUUUGGUCUCGGUAUAAUACCAAAUACACUGAUGGGGGAGAUGUUCACAUCGAACGUAAGGAGCAAAGGGUCAACUUUGACCCUGACAACGUCUUGGCUGUUCGGCUUCCUGGUGUCAACGGCUUUUGGCGCGUUUUUCGUGACCAUCGGCGGCCACGUGGCGUUUUGGUUUUUCUCCGGUACUUGCGCCUGCGCCUUGUUGUUUACCAUUUUCGUCGUACCGGAAACGAAAGGAAAAACAUUGUUGGAGAUACAACAAUCUUUGUGAUAUAUAAAUACUAGCGGACGCCCGUGACUUCGUCCGCGUGAAAUUUAGUAUUUCGGAAAUCCCUUGGGAAACAUGGAUUUUUUUUGGGAUGAAA